GCGACCCUCGUGAGGAUAGGUAUUUUAAUCGUCAGCCUACUAUUACAUAUUCAACAGGAUGACUUGUAAUUGUAAACAAAUAUAUUUCCAAAGUAAUCUUCCCAGUAGUUGUACAACGCGUUUAAGUCAUUUCUGUUGUUGACGUUGUAAUUUGGAUUUACUAUCAUUGAACGCCAUCUUGUGGCUAAAAGCCAAACAAUGCUGUAAGAGACCAGCAGUACAGAACGGAGAUGUCAUGAUGCGGGUGAGCUCAGGCAGCCCGGUCCCCGCGCAUGCGCGGUGUGUUUCUUGUUGUCCGCCCGGUCAAGCAGAACCUUCGUCGUUGUCGUCGUCGUCGUCCCGCGGGCACGCGCAUCAAAACACCGGGCAGUGACUGCUGAGCUGCACGGACGACCACCUGGGACAAGAUGCCUCAAUCUGUCUAUGACUUUGUGUACCACUCUGACCACACCCUUGACUUUCCUGACCUCUCAUUCCAAGUCCCUGGUGGCUCCCCUGAGCUGCACCCAGCUUGUCACUGUUGAACCAAAGUAUCAACACUCCGGGCACUCAGCUUUGUUCCAACCGCACAUCUUCUCCGGCAUGGACAGCCCACCCAAACUGUCUGGCGAGACCUUGAUUGUGCACCAUAUACCCUUGAUGCACUGCCAGGUGUCGGGGCGGCAGCCAAGGGGCUGCGGAGUCGGAGGUGGCUCCUUGAAGAGGACCAACCCAUUUAGCUCCCGAGAGAACUUGGGUCUGAGUCGCACCACCUCCCUCCCUGAGAGGGACAUCCUUCAGAGGGAGCCGUUGGUCUAUAGCAGCCUGAUCCAGACUUCUGCCCACCUGAGAGGACCAGAGAGGCAGGGUGGUGGAAGCGGUGGCGGCAGCACAGCCAGCAACGACUCCUCGUACACUUCGAGCAUCUCCGACGAGCAAUUGAUGGCAGCCCACACUUUACCCCGUGUCAAGACCAGGAACCACCAUCCGCUACGCCGGAACCCCUUCCUGAUCAAGACCGACGAUGAGGAGGAGGACGAAGACGAUGACGACGUCAACCUGAGCGGCUACCAUGAGGACUCCUCCUUCCACCUACAUAGCCAUGCUGACACAAGCACAUUGUCGUUCCACCUGCAUGACCUGGGCUUCGCACCAGAGGCACGCAAUCGGAACCAUACGACCAGAGACUUGGAUCCACCAGAGCUGGGGCGGAGGCAUGGAAGCAGUGGCUCCAACAUGUCUGUGGACUUUGGUGAGCACGAUUGGGAGGACGAUGACGAUGGAGAUCAUCCCAUGCCAUGUACUCGGAGCAGUAAGACUGAUUCCUCUGGGUUGUCCGCGCAGCACUGCUCCUGCUGCACCCUGGCCCAGAAUUUCUCCCUGGACUUCGCCCAGGACUUCCCCAAUGCCUUUCCUGUUUGCCCGCAGGGCUACAGCAGUGAUUCGUCAUGCAACAGCUCAGACGGUGUGCUGGUCAACUUCAGCACCAUUUACAGCAAGAUGAACAACAGUGUCCCUGAGAAGCAAGGCAACCUGAACAGCCCAGAUGAGGACCCCAAUACAGUUGACCAGCAGGACCCAACGGGGGGCGCAUUUUAUUUGGACCUCCUCACCUCUCCUUCAGAGCCUCCUCUAUCUUUCCCACAUGGCCGAGACCCUCCACUGUCCACCUUCUCUGCCAACUCCUGCUCGGCGGAGCAUCAGGCUGCCCUCGAGCUGGACGCCAACUGCAACUCCUACUGUCCGCCAUCCUGUGUGUCUGCGGGUGAGGCGGUGUCCUGCCUUCAGAGUCAGGCUCGCCUGGUGGUAGCCACCCAGAAUUACUACAAAUUGGUCACCUGUGACCUGUCUUCCCAAUCGUCGCCCAGCCCGGCCGGAUCGUCAGUCCACAGCGGCUCUGAGGAGCACAGCAGGGGCAGCCCCCCCAGCCCCACGCAGCCCAGUGAGUACUUCCUGUUCCAGCAGAGAGCCAACCAGGAAGUGGAAGAUGAUGGGGAGGAUGAAGAGUCAACAAGGCGUCAUUUGGCUACUAAAGAUGAUGAGGACGAAGAUGAGGAUGCGGUCGAUGACCCAGAGGGCUCUCCCGUGCUCCUUCAAGGCCAAGUUUACGUCAAUAUGUCUCCCCCGCUGGUUAGGCAGAGUGCCCCGGUGGGCGCCGCUGGCCGGCCGCGUUCCCGCAGUUACGACCGCAACCUGGACAAAUCACCAGGGCCCCGCCUGGGCUCGCUGGAGCGCAUGCUCAGCUGCCCCGUGCGCCUCAGCGAGGGGGCUGGCCCCCUGGCCACACCACCCCCACCUCGUGUCACCUCCUUUGCGGAGAUCGCUCGCACCAAGCGGCGACACGGCGGGUCGCCGUCCCUCAAGGUGGACCCCUUCUGUUCCACUGAGUUUUCGCCCAUCCGGGAGGGCAAUGCUGCCUCGAAUGGCCCCACUGCAGCCUAUUGCGGCCAAGAUGUGGCCAGUGAGGGUGAUGCACAAGGUGGCCCUUCUAGCUGGUCUGACAUCCAUUCUGCCGUGGUGCGCUACAGCAAAGAGCAGCGGCCCACCACCCUCCCCAUUCAGCCUUUCACCUUCCAACACCAGGUGGGCUCCAAGCACCCCCAGCCUAAGUCUCUGCUCCCCCUGCUGUCUGGCUACGUGUCCGGCAUGCAGGCACGCUCAAACUCCGGGUCCUGUGGCCUCGAGGAAGAAAAGAGCGAGGAUGCUGCUGGCGACGAGCACCAUCAAGUCAGCAGAAACAGGGUGGCGGCUCCCCCUGGGUCUGUACGGCCAUCACCCCUGGGGAGUUACUCCCCGGUGCACCUUCAAGAGGAGGCCGGCAGCUCUGGGACCUGCUCCACAUGCACCCCAAGCCCCCCUCCGCCUCCACAUAACAACCUGUCCUGCUGCCCCCAGAGCACCACUCACACAGGGCCGCUGCCAUCCCACACCCUUCCCCCUGCCAACCUGGGUGUAAAGAGGGGGAUGAUGCCGCCUUCACUGCCGCCUGUGCAGCAGGAUACUCUUAGCCCACUGGGGUGCGUCAAGACUGGGAGCCUCGUGGAGGGCAGCAAAGGAGCCAGGAUGCAGAAUGCACACCACCUUUCCCCACAGGCCUUGAAGUGGCGGGAAUACCGACGCCAGAACCCUCUUGGCGGGGAGAGACUAGCUCCCAUCUCUUCUUCGUCAGAUUCUCGCCGUCCUCCCCGACACAACGUCUUCGAUUUCCCUUUUGCUCCCCCCAGCCAACCGACAGGACGCCAUCAUGUCAGGCAAAUGCAACAGUGUUACGGUGACUUCUUACCGGAUUAUUUUUCUUUGACUGAGAGGCCGCCAGAGGAGUUCUGCCUCUCUCCUGAUGCUUCCACAGCUUCUACCUUGUCCUCUUCCUCUGCAUCGCAGUCCCACAUUUGCGUCGACAUGACACACAAGAGAGGAUUGGUGAAGGCUGUCAACACAGCAGUCGAUCUAAUCGUAGCUCACUUUGGCACUAGUCGAGACCCUGAUGUUAAAGCUAAACUCGGCAACAGCUGGGUGAGUCCCAACGUCGGUCACCUGAUCCUGAAAUACUUAUGUCCAGCACUGCACGAGGUUUUGCAGGAUGGACUUAAGGCCUAUGUGCUGGACCUCAUCAUUGGACAGCGCCGCUGUCAGCCCUGGAGCCUGGUAGAAGCCUCGACUCAGCUUGGCCCAUCAACGCGUGUCCUCCACAACCUGCUGACGAAGGUGAGCCAGUUCUCAGAGCUAACGAGCCACAGUAUGAGACUCAAUGCCUUCAUCUUUGGCCUCCUCAACCUCAAGUCUUUGGAGUUCUGGUUCAGCCACCUCCUGGGACAUGAAGACAUCAUAACCGCCCACUACAAUGCGUGGGGUCUGGUCCCAUUGGCUCAGGGUGUAUGUCAGCAGCUGUUCAGCGAGCUCCUCCUUUUGCUGCAACCCCUCUCACUCCUCCCAUUUGAUCUGGACCUCCUGUUUGAGCCCCGGCUCCUGGCAACGGGUCGCGAGCAGCAGAGACGACGUAAGGAGUUGCUAUGUUCAGCAAGAAAGUCUACCACUCACUCCACUCUGCAGUUGAUGAUGGGUUGGGGUGCCGCCGUUGGGGACAUGGUAGCAGGGAAGGAGAGGGUGGCUCUGAGGCGGGAGGGGACGUGGCCCAGGACAGAAGUUCUCAAAAAGGAUAGUGUUCCUGUGGGAGGUGGUGACGGGUCCAAGGAGAGAGAGACAGUUGGCCAAAGGAUUAAGGGAGUGGGCCAAGAAAGUGAAGAAAAGGAAGUAGGGAAAGACUCCUUGCGGAAGGACCAGACAGGGGCUUACGAGGGGCGGCAGCGUCAGGACCGCCAGGCUGGGUGGUGGUACCAGCUCAUGCAGUCAUCCCAAGUCUACAUUGACCAAACCGCAGAGGGUUCCAAGUUUGUCAAGACAGACAAGCGCAGGACGUCGUCUGAGCGUCGCGCCUGCCGACUUCCACCUGCCAGAGAGGGUGUGGUGGACGGGGCAGAGUCUGGAUCUGAGGCACGGCCCUUGUGGAUGGGCAGUCCGCCCGAGUCGGUCCUUAAUCAGGAUGUGACGAGAAGCGGCAGUCAGGAGAUCGAAGACUGCCCAGAGGUUGGUGUCCAGAGGCAAGGGCUGCGUUGGGGGCGGCUCUUCGGAUCCAAUGUUGGGUCUCCGACCAAGAUAGACGGGAGUGAACUGAGGGCGAAACCUCAGAAGAGCAGGCAGCCGUCGGGCUGGCUCGGCCUGGAUUCGUCGGUUUUGGGCCUGAUGGCACAGACAAUCGGAACUGGAGGCAUGAAAAAGGGAACGCCUGUUACUGCCAACCCCCCUACUGGGGCAGCUUCGCCCAACGAGACCCAACACAACAAGACCAAAUUCUCAACAUGCGAAGUGCGAGCGCUGUGCCACCACAUCGCCACAGAGGCCGGACAGCUGAGCUUCAACAAGGGUGACGUCCUGCGGGUGAUGAGCAAAGCUGAUGCAGAAUGGCUGCUGUGCUCUACGGGCGCCUCUCAGGGCCUGGUGCCCAUCGUGUACGUCUCGCUCUGCAGCAUGGACGAAAGCCAGGAUUGCGGCGGCGGUGAAGGUGGCGCAGGCAGGAGCUGCAGCGCUGAUGGUGGCAUUGACCAGAGCGGCGGCCCCAAUGCAAGCGGCAGUGCCGGUGGUGGCUGUGGUGCUUGCAAUCACGGUGGCGGUUCAGGUCGGUGUUGAUCUCAAAUGUCCCUCCACAGGAAACAGAAAGUGAUCCCCACCCCUAUUCCAGACAAAGCCUCCAUUAAGACACGUGAGCAUGCAAUUAUAAGCAAAACCUAAAGACACUCCCACAUCAACAAGACCUGUCACGGUGCCACUAUUAUUAUUAUUAUUAUUAUUUUUAUUAUUAUUAUUGUCACUAUUAAUGCUCCAGGUUGGACUUGCUCUCUAUCACUUCUAUGUGUGUAUAGGUGGGAGUGGCCAGCAUGUGAUGUCACAGACUGAGGCUACUGUGCAUCACUAAAAGAUGCAGGAAACGCAGUACGUCAUAACAGGAAUGCUCAUCAAAUACAUUGAGCGGUUGUCAAUUGAUCGUGUCUCAAAUCAAUUGAGUCAAAUUAAUUGUUGUGGCUCCAUCAAGGAAACAUAGUCCCGGUAUAACAAUACAACAUACUGCCUGUAGCUUCACCGAAGUCAGCCCACGUAGCUUAGCAUGCUUCACAGAAACAAAACAAAACAUUGUCGUGCUAGUUACCUGCGGCGGGGUUGGGCACCAGUUGCUGGUCUCUGAUAUUUACUUGGCAAUGCUUCAAGAAUUGUUUUAGUGUUUUUUUUUUUUUUUUUUAAAAAGCACUUUGGAAGUUAGCAUCUGCGUAAAUUAACACAAAUGCUUUAGCGACAAGGCAGAAAUGUUGAAAUGCCGUCAAAGUCAUGGGAAUUUUUUUUAGGUUGGGGGGAAUAUCCCGGAAGUUAUGAAGUUAAAAAAUUGUCUGCAAAGUUAGCUAACCUGUUUUAUGUACACAUUUGACAGUUUAGAGCAUAGAAAAAAAUUUAGUCCUCAUUUUUAAAAUGUAUUUUUCUUAUGUUUACGCUUGUGAAAUAACCCCAAAAUAUUGCACAGUCAACAGUUUGACCCAGGGACACUUUGUUUGAUCGAUCCUCUUCUCUUGUCUGAGCUCCUGACUCCUAGCGGUAACAGCUGCAGCUCAUUAUUAGCAGCUGGAGGUUGCAAAAGGAACUUUCGCACUUUUUGGACACUUUGACAACGUUAGCUUAUUUGCUUGCUUUCCUUGUACAGUUGAAACUAUGAAAUAAUGCCAACGUGGAUUCAAAUGUAUAUAUGUCAUUAUCCAGGAAGCAGUAGAAGGCAACACUUGUUGGUGAUAGGUCACUCUGUCUUUGGCCCCACCUCCUGUGUGUAAAUACCUCGACCUUCUUCUUGCGUAUAUGUAUGAUGCUAACUAGCUAAUGUGGCUAACUAAAGUGCUCUUGUGACCAUGUGA